UUUUUUAAAGGGAAAAUGAAUUCAAAUACAACAGAAUUUUUUCUUCUUUUUCCAUCAACAUCAACUACUCCUAAUUAUAUUAAUUUGACUUUAAAUAAUGAUACUAUUAAUUCACAACAAAAUAUUGACCAAAUAAAUGUUUCUUCAUCUCUACCACUUUCUCAUCAUUAUGCUAGGAGGGACAAAGUUGUAUUUUUUGAAAUGCAUUUUGAAGAACAUCAAACACAACUUACUUUUGCAUUUUGGUUUUUUAUUACUAUAUUGGCAAAAAUAGUUUUUCACCGUUUGGAAAGAAUCAAAGGAGUAUUACCAGAUUCAGCUUUAUUGUUGGUAUUGGGAAGUGUUUUUGGUGGAAUUUUGCAUUUUGUAUUUCCAGAACAGGCUAGCUUGUUGGAAUUGCAGCAAAAAAUUUAUUUUAUUAAAGUAUAGGAA